AUGCGGGGUUGCGAGCAGAGGUGGCGGGCGGUGCAGCGGGGCGAUGGGAGCCGGGAGAAGGUCGGGCUGCGCGGUCCUCCCCAGCGCGGCCGCUCGGCAAACACCGCUUUUCGUGAGGCAGCCCUGGCGAGCAACUCGCAAAAAGCAGAUGAGACUAGAAGUAAGAGCAAAAAGAUGGAGAAUGAAGCUUCAGAAAAUCCUGAGUUGUCUGACAAAACAGAUUUCACUCCCUCUGAGGACUCGCAGUCCCUUUCCAAGGCUGAACCACUGGACAAGAUUUUAAAUGAGACGAGCAAAGAAAUUAAUAACUUGUUAUCAAAAUAUGCUGACAUUAUAAGUGCACGAGCAGCGUUGGAUUCUUCUCAUGUCCAGGAACUUGAUGGGAUCUUAAAGAAAGCCAGGGCCUUACAAAAACACUUAAAGCAGAAAAGGGAGAAGCUGAAACAGAGAUUUGCUGUCAUUGCCAAUAGUCUGCAAAGCUAAAUGGAGUUUGUUAUAGAAAUGCAGAGCCAACGUUGUGUCUGUGUAUGAAAACAAACUGUGACGAGUGUUGUGAUGUCUGUUUCUUGUAUAAAUAUUUCUGUCAGUUCAGGAAACUUCCAACAAGUUAAGCAGCUACUUAGUGUUUAAAUACAUAGCGUAGUGGUGGUUAGUAAAAACAAUUCUGAAUAUCUGUUUUAAGUUCUGUGACUCAAGGGAUUGGGAUAUUAAGCUAUGUUAACCCAUUAAACAUAGCAAAAAACCAUUUCUGUGAAACAUAGAAACUUACGAUGUAAGUGGAAAAUGACCUCAGAUUAUUUCAUGUUAACCAUUUUCUGGUUAUGGGGUUUCUUUUUCUUUCCUUUCUACUUCAAAAAAUGUUUUUGUGCUAAAAUAUUAGUAGAAUAUACUUACAAUGUUAUUUCCAUUUUGCCUCAGAAUGUAAGCAGGUUGAAAAAAUCAGCUUAGAAAUAAGAGAGUGAUAUAAAGAACUUUGAGAAAGUACAAAGUCUUAAUUUGAAAUGCAUUAUAAUACUGGAACGUGUGUUACAUUUCAAGCCCAUGUUGAUAUAAAACAUAAUCAGAGCUUUCCUGUUGAUGUCAAUAAAUAAAUAGAUAAUGUUAACAUCAUCUAGAAUUACAGUGUUAUUUUGUUAUUGGGCUACAUGAGCGUUGUUUGCUGAUGUUCAGAUUUUCUGAGAACACUGAGACCUUUUUCUUUCUUGUCAU